CUACGUGGUCACGUGACCGAGCUUUCAGCUGGACAGUCCUGCAGACAAGUCGGAUAAACACAGCGGCUCGGCCGCAAACUUUCCCUUUUAUUUCAAAAACACGUCAGCGAAAAGUAUUUCUGAAAUCAUAUGAGGCGAGAAAUAAUCCGUGCAGCAGCUGAAUCUGUCCUCGUUUUAGGUCACUGACGCCUUUUUUCAAUAUCGGCCAUCGGCCGAUAUUUACAAAUAAAAAGCCGAUUUGUGAUCAGGCACCCAUACGGGCAGCUGCCGCGACCGCUUUUCCCUUAGAAGGACCCCCGGCACUCAGAGAGCGGAGCAUGAGCGGAGCGAGUGAGCCAGGCAACAACAAGCCUCGCUCCACACCUGCUUAUUUGGUAAAAACAAAAAAAAACAGGUGGAUGGUAGAAUCUCCAAACAAGAGAUAAGGUGGAUGGAAGAGUCUCCAAACAAACAGGAAUUAUCUUUAAAGUAAGCUGACAGCAGAGGGAGAGAGAGAGAUAAGAAUGAUGCAGAGAAAGAUGAAGAGAUGCAGUAAAGAGAAGGCUUUGAUUUCUUCAGCCAGUGGAGCUGAGCUGAAUGAGAGUAUUCCUGCCUGCUGUCAGACUGGACCUCCUUCUUCUCCUUCAGUCCCUCCUACUCCCCCUGAGAUAUAGGCAGCGUUUUAACUGGGAGUCAGUCAGAGUGGAUCUUUAACUGGCUGCCACACACUCAACACUCAGCAUCACUAUGGAGUACUACUGCUUCGUCCUGCUCUGGAUCUGCAGCCAGCAGUUAGGAUUCUUUGACUGCUUUAACAUCGACACAAAGAGACACAGGAUCAUUAAAGGCCCUAAACAAGCUCAGUUCGCAUACACCGUCCAGCAACAUGUGGCAGCCGGGGGGGAAAAAUGGUUAUUAGUGGGCGCUCCAUAUGAAAUGAACGGCCCUUACCAGACAGGAGAUGUUUAUAAAUGUUCACUGAGCAAACGAACCAACGGGAAUGGCUGCUCCAAGCUCAACUUAGGAAGGAUAUCUUUGACCAACGUAUCAGAGAGAAAGGACAAGAUGAGGCUGGGAAUGACGCUCGCAUCCAACCCCAAAGACAACAGCUUUGUGGCCUGUGGGCCGCUGUGGUCGUAUGAAUGUGGCAGCUCUUACUACAGCACCGGCAUCUGCUCCAGAGUCAAUGCCAGCUUUAAGUUCUCCAGAACGAUUGCACCAGCCUUUCAGAGAUGUGAAACCUACAUGGACAUCGUGAUUGUUCUCGAUGGUUCCAACUCCAUCUACCCCUGGUAUGAAGUGCAGGCUUUUCUCAUCAACAUUCUUCAGAAGUUCUAUAUCGGACCCGGUCAGAUACAGGUUGGAGUCGUUCAGUACGGUGAGAAGGUUGUCCACGAAUUCAAACUCAGCGACUACAAAUCAGUGGAGGAGGUGGUGAAGAGGGCUCGCAGCAUCCACCAGCGGGGCGGAGAGGAGACCAACACAGCUCUGGGCAUCAACAUGGCCCGCUCACAAGCUUUCAAGCACGGAGGCCGACGAGGCGCCAAGAAGGUGAUGAUCGUGAUAACGGACGGAGAGUCACAUGACAGCGCCGAUCUCCAGCAGGCCAUUGAGGACAGUGAGAGGGACGGCAUCACCCGCUAUGCCAUCGCUGUUCUUGGCUACUACAACCGUAGAGGAAUCAAUCCCGAAGCCUUCCUCAAUGAAAUCAAGUACAUCGCCAGCGACCCCGAUGACAAACACUUCUUUAAUGUGACAGACGAGUCGGCGCUGAAGGAUAUCGUGGAUGCACUUGGAGAGCGCAUCUUCAGUUUGGAAGGAACCAGUAAGAACGGGACAGCGUUUGGUCUCCAGAUGUCUCAGGCUGGCUUUUCUGCUCACAACGUUGAGGAUGGGAUUCUGGUUGGUGCUGUCGGGGCGUACGACUGGAACGGAGCAGUGCUGAAGGAAACUCGGCAGGGGAAGGUCGUCCCUCCCAAGUCAUCCUACACUGAGGAGUUUCCCGAAGAGCUCAAAAACCAUGGUGCUUACUUGGGUUAUACGGUGACGUCGGUGGUAUCAGCCAGAAACGGUCGUCUGCUCGUAGCCGGAGCUCCACGGUUUAACCACACCGGCAAAGUCAUCAUCUUCACUCUGAAGAACUCAGGAAACCUCACCAUCCUGCACUCCCUUAAAGGCCAACAGAUUGGCUCCUAUUAUGGCAGUGAGAUUGCCUCUGUGGAUAUCGAUGGAGACGGCAUAACUGACAACCUACUGGUGGCGGCACCGAUGUUCUUCAACGCAGGCUUGGAGAAAGGAAAAGUCUACAUCUACAGAGUCACAGAGCUGAAUCGUUUCGUCCUUGAAGGAGCGUUGGAAAUCCAUAAUGGUGGCCAGAACGCUCGCUUUGGCUCGUCGCUCGCUCCCGUCCCAGAUCUCAACGGCGAUGGCUUCAACGACCUGGUGGUUGGUGCUCCGCUGGAAGACGACCACAAAGGAGCCAUUUAUGUCUUCUUUAGCCAGCACAACAGAAUACUACGAAAAUAUAAGCAGAGGAUAGCAGCAGCAGAUUUAGCUCCAGGCCUACAGUACUUUGGCCGCAGUAUCCAUGGAACAAUGGACAUGAAUGAUGACGGUUUAGUGGACCUGGCAGUAGGUUCCCUCGGUGCUGCAGUUCUGCUUUGGUCACAGAGCGUCAUCCGGAUAUAUGCCACAGUCAGGUUUGAGCCCAGUAAGAUCAACAUCUUUGUGAAAGACUGUCAGAGAGCUGGCAAAGACGUGACCUGCAUGUCAGCCAUCGUAUGUUUCAACAUCACUGCCAGGACAGCCGUCCCUCCCACACAGGAAAUUGGGAUCAAGUAUAAUGUUUCGAUUGUGGAGAGGCGCUUCAAUCCUCGGGCCGUCCUGGACAACCCCAGUAAGCUGCAGCCUCAGAACCUGACGCUGCUUCCUGGAGAAGAGACCUGCCGACACAUCUACUUCCACGUCAUGGAGACCACAGACUAUGCCAGGCCCAUAGUGUUCGCUGUACAAGUGGGGCUUCAGGAUCCAGACAGCGAACCAGUUCUGGAUGAAAGCUGGCCGACUGUUGUGAGGACGGAGCUGCCCUUCUGGAACGGCUGUGAUGAGGACGACCGCUGUAUUCCUGACCUGGCACUGCAGAGCAUGACCGACCUGAUGACUCCACAUCACUUCUGUUCACAUCCUGUUCAGUCUCGUGGUGUUUUCUGUCGCCAUCAAAGUGAAGGCUGGACAGAGGAGUCUCAGCGGGUUCUGGAGGCAAACAGGAGGAGGAUGGUGGUGGACAUCCGACUGGAGAACAAAGGAGAGAACGCCUACCAUGCUUGCCUCAACAUCACCUACACACCCAACCUGAGCUUCUCCAGCCUCAUAGUUAAGGAUAACUCUGACAUCCAAAUCGAGUGUUACAUGGAGGACAAACUGAGAAAUGAGAAGCUGUGCAAUGUCAGCGCCCCGUUUAUGAAGGCCAAGACUCAGGUAUCGUUUCGUCUGGAGUUCGAGUUCAGUCGUACCGUCUUCUUAGACCACCUCAGGGUUAUCCUUGAAGCCAGCAGCGAUGGUGAGGAAAGGAGCACAGCUGAUAAUUCCAACGAUAUCUAUUACUCCCUGAAAUACGAGGCAGACCUCCUCUUCACAAGAGGUUCAAACCCGACUCGGUAUGAAAUCAAAUCAGAGCUGUCGCUGGAGGAGCCCGGCGUCAUCGGCCCGCCUUUUAACUUCACGUUCCAGAUUCAGAACCUCGGAUACUUCCCAGUAAAGGAUCUGCAGCUGAACAUCGAGAUCCCAGAAAUGACAAAGAAUGGGAACCAACUCCUGCAGAUAUCUGACUUUCACAUCGACCAGAGGGAUGGAACUCGCUGUUUACCGCCUCAACAUGUGGCUCAGAGCAGAUCAUCACCUGAAGACUUGACACGCUUCUCCCGCCUGAACCGAUCCAACACGCUAACGCUGCCGAUCCAGUGCACCGUCAAUGUGGCUUCCUUCAGGGAAAUAGCAGUUGGAAUCACAGGAGCGCUGAGGAUAGAUACCUUACACGCACUGAAGUUUAAAAUCCUGGAAGUGGUGACCAGCGCAUCAGUGGAGCUGGCCUCCUCCAGCCCCAUGUUUUUACAUGAAGAGAGGCCUGUCAGACAUAUAAUAUUGGAGAUCAGGAAGGAGGGAGAUUACAGAAUUCCUACUUGGAUUAUCGUCGGCAGCACACUGGGAGGACUCUUAUUGUUGGCCCUGCUCAGCCUCGCUCUGUGGAAGCUCGGCUUCUUCCGGAGGCAGAAGCGGCGAGACGAGGACGAGCAGGAGGCCAACGGUAAAGUGGAGGAGCGGUAACGCAGGCUGAGGGCCCCCAGCAGACGCCUUCUCCACAGGGGACCCGACACUCAGGGACCAACCCAGCUCCCCCUGCGCCCCAAACACCACAGUGGCACCACAUAGACGCUCCGCAUGACGGCUGAAGCAAGGCUGAAUCAGUGCACUGGACCCCCCCCCCCUCAGCAUUCCUGCACUGUGACCACAUCCGGGCCCCUCCGCCCUCCUACCCCUCUGCCCUUCACAGAUCCUGGAGAUGCCGCUGUCUUGGCUUCAGGCUGGAUCUCUGGUGCUUCCUCUGGCUGUUUGUAGAGAAGAAUAGAGUGAGCUUCCAUCCCCCUGUUCCAGGAAGUUCAGGCCACUGUUUGCAUUUGAGGCAGAUGUUCUCCAGUCACUCUUUUGUCUAUUCCUGGUGUGUAUUUAUUUAACUCUUAUGGUAAAUUUUGUAAUACGUGAAGAACCUCAAGGGUGAUUUGCACACCCGAAAGCUACCGCAAAUGUAGAGUUAUUAUACUGUAUAUUGAAUUCGAUGUUUAAAAGAUUUUAUUUGCAACACGUUCAGUCGACUUGCAUAAUAAUUUAUGAAGAAAUGAAAGUGACCUAAAGUCACCAGAGCACACAGAAGAUCCUCCAUGUCUACCUGUUAGAGACUGCAGAGGAGAAUCUUCUGAAUAUGCAUCCACUCCUUUUAAUAUUUACAUCCUGGACAACACAGGGUGGCUUUAAUAUUUGAUGCACUUUUUACUUUGUACAAAAUUAACUUGAAUUUUGUAAAUAGUCAAGUAGCUUUUUUUUUUUAUACCAUUUCAAUAUUAUAACGGUUUUCACAGUAUUUUUCCACAUGGUUUGUAACUGAAGCAACAGGUCAGCUUUGUGUUCCUGUCAGAAUGAGACGGUACAUGCCUUUAACGUGCACGGCAUCAGAUCUGAGGGUGUGCAGAAAAUACUGAUGGCAAUUUUUCAAGAUCUGAGGUAACUUUAAAUGGAACUGAAACUAAAUGAGAGUGAAUGCAGAUUGCUCCUGGUGAUACUAAGGAAUGUCACUUUGUCCUGUUUUGAUGAUGAAGAGCUGUAAUACGCCUACAAAUAAAACCAUGUACAUGUC